UGUUGAGUUGCUGGGUGCCUGCUGCCGCUUUUCAUCCCAACUCAUUCAGGUCGAGACCUUCUUCACCACGCGCUGAUACGGAACUUCGAUACCUGGACCUUUUGGAGCUGAGCGCACUUUCAUCUGCUGAUAUCAACGUACCGAGGCAGGCCUGUGUUGCAUUCCAAGUUGGGAGCGGCUGGGUGACGGUGCUGACUCAGCUAUAAACAGCUCCAACCCCUGUUCGGUUCUCAACCCUGGUUCGCAUUUCUUUGAAAAACAUCACAGACAACGCACCAACUUCUUCUCAUCAACCCAACCCGCCUCGCGCAAGCAGCUUUUCGUUAGUUGCACUUUGGAAAUGCCUCCACGUCGAUCUGCGCGUGAACCUCCCGCGAAACCCAUCGAUAAGGAAGUCAAUGGGACUGUUACUGUCGCCAAGAAAACAACCGUCGCGAAAACUAAAGUCACCGCCUCAAGAAAAAAGGCUGAGCCAAAGACAAAUGGCGAUACGACGACUUCUCUGAAGGUCACGAAACGCGGUCGAUCAAAGAGCACCGCAACCCCAACCCCUGCUCCGGAGGAUAUUGACGACAAGAAGGCCGCCGCAAAGCGCAAGAAGGACGAAAUCGAAGAUGAGGCAGAGCCUAAGCCGGCGCCCAAGAGGGUGCGAAAGAAGUCCGUAGAAGCCAGAGAGGUGACAAAACCGAAGCCGAAGGGCCCGCUGCGGCGCGGCAAGAAGGUCGAGAUCAAUCAGUUGCGCUACACCGAGCCGCUGAAGGUCUUCGUGUUUGGUGAAGGAAGCUCUGGCGAACUGGGCUUCGGCGCGACCAAGAAGGCCAUCGACGUCAAGCGACCGCGUUUCAAUGAAAUGCUGACGAACCACAACGUGGUUCGCAUUGCUACCGGUGGCAUGCAUGUUGUUGCGCUCACGAAGGACAAUAAGAUUCUGACUUGGGGCGUCAACGAUAAUGGUGCGCUGGGACGCGACACGUCCAACGCCGUAGUCAAGAUGAAGGACAUUGAUGGUGCAGGAUCCGACUCCGAUUCAGAGGAUGAUCCCACCGGUGGCCUCAACGACCUUGAGGCUACUCCUACUGCGUUAUCAUCGGACCAUUUCCCUGAAGAUACCGUCUUCGUUGACGUUGCUGCCGGCGACAGCUGUUCCUUUGCUCUUACGACCGAGGGUGCUGUGUACGGAUGGGGCACCUUCCGCAAGAACGAAGGUGUUCUAGGCUUCACUAAGACCAUCAAUACCGCACGAACGCCAGUCUACAUCGACAGCCUCAAGAAGAUUACUCAGAUCGCCUGCGGCACAAACCACGUUCUUGCAGUUGACAAAGAUGGUCAUGUCUGGGCUUGGGGUAACGGUCAGCAGAACCAGCUUGGACGGCGCGUGAUUGAACGCAGUCUUAUAGAAUCUCUGCUUCCCAAUCGUGUGGGAUUCCAUGACUCUUCAGUAAAGCGGGCCAGCCAGAAGAUUGCUCAGAUCGCCUGCGGCGACUACCACAGCAUGGCAAUUGGUACCGAUGGCCAUGUAUGGGCCUGGGGAGCGAAUAAUUACGCCGAAACUGGUUAUCCUGACAACGCUGGAGAAGACACCGCGACCGUCCCGACACCCAAGAUUAUCCAAAGCCUUGAGGACAAGGAUGUCAUUGCUCUGGCGGGUGGCUCUCACCACAACGCCGCAGUGACCAAAUCUGGUGAACUGCUGGUAUGGGGACGUUGUGACAGCGCUCAGACUGGGCUUUCCGCCGAGAAGCUGAACGCCAUCGAAGGUGACGAGAAACUGCUCAAGGGCGAGAACGGCAAGCCCAAGAUUCUUAUUGAGCCGACGCCUAUCCCUGGCCUAAAGGACAUCGUCAUGGCAACCUGCGGUCCCGAUCAUACCAUCGCGAUCGACAGCGCGGGCAGAGCUUAUUCGUGGGGUUUCUCCGCUAACUACCAGACCGGCCAGGGCACCGAUGAUGAUAUCACGGUCCCCACUCGCAUCGAGAAUACCGCGGUGAGGGAUAUCAAGCUUGUCUGGGCGGGUGCUGGUGGUCAGUACUCCAUCGUCGCCAGCCAGAAGGAGAGUUCUUAACGGCGUGUUAUGUGAUGAGAGGGUGGCAGACCCUUGUAAUCUUUCUCUUUUGGAUUGAUUUAAUGGUGGCCUUUUCAUGACAUGGCGUUCCGGUGGGCUGUACUUUCAAGGUUUUCAGAGCAGGGGCGGGCAGCUGCAUAGCGCGGGGUUCUGCUUCUCUGGGGUUGGAUUGCCUAUGUAAGGAAUGUGUGUACCUACACUGUCCGUUUAUGGACGAUUUCUUAUGAGGACGACGGAAAACCAUGGGUCCUUUUCAAGAUUGUGAGGAAUACAGGUUGCUUUGCCCUCCAAGACAUGCGAAAGGGACUCAUCUUCUUAUUAUCUGGUGAUGAUUAGCAAGGAAUUUGCUCGCGAGAAACGCAUAGCUGCACCAGGCC